AUGAACGGCGGCUACGGCGGUGGAGGAAGUUCCUCCAAUUUCUGCGGCACUGAAAUCGAUACGUCUGGUAUUUAUUGUGGAACAGGUUCUGGCGGUGGCCAGACAGCUGUCAAAUUUUUAGAGAAUGACUUAUGGCAUCGUGUCUUAGUGAGCGGGGGAGGUGGUGGCUGUGAUAAUGCGCAGGGUGACUACGGAGGUAGUGAUGAUGGUUCUGGAGGUGCCGGGGGAAACUUCACUGCUCAAAGUUGGUUUGCAAAUGGAGUUCUCUCUGAAAAUUAUUUUGCCGAUUCCGAGAAAGGAUUCAGUUUCGGUGUUGGAGAAGCUGCGAGAUAUGGUGAUCCAUCAAAUAAUAAUGCUGUUCCAGAAGGAACAAUGGAAGAUAAUGCGGGUGGUGGAGGUGGUUGGUUUGGAGGCUUUUCUGGUCAAAUUGGAUCAUCUGGUGCGGGUGGUGGAAGCUCAUGGGCAUUAACUAAAGAUGCUAUAAUUCCUAAAAGUACAUUGACCACAUCUGAUGAAUUUUAUAAGAAUACAAUCUCUAGAUAUUAUGCAUUUGGCCUUUCAUCAGGUUAUUUAUUUGAAGAUGUUGUAAAUGUUGCUGGAAUCUGGAAUGGAAAUGGAAGGGUAGUGAUUUCUAUUAUUAAACAAAAUCAUAUAAGGAGUUGUUCUUGCAGAGUUGGCAUACAACCGCAUUUCUUAUAUUUAAUGUUUUUCGUAAGUAGUUGA